AUGAAAAGCACGCGGAUCGUCUCUGUUGUUAUAUACACUUUACAUUCACCGUUCUUUGUCAUACCGUCGUCAAUCUCAUUUUGCUAUCCUCUCCGAUCGAUUUUUCAGGUCUUUUGAAAACUAACUGAGGAGAGAUGUCGGGAAGAGGAAAGGGAGGAAAGGGAUUGGGAAAGGGAGGAGCGAAGAGGCACAGGAAGGUGCUGAGGGAUAACAUCCAAGGUAUCACCAAGCCUGCCAUCCGUCGUCUUGCUCGCAGAGGAGGUGUCAAGCGUAUUAGCGGACUCAUCUACGAGGAGACAAGAGGAGUCCUCAAGAUCUUUCUCGAGAAUGUCAUCCGCGACGCUGUUACCUACACCGAGCACGCUAGGAGGAAGACUGUUACGGCUAUGGAUGUGGUUUACGCGUUGAAGAGGCAAGGACGUACUCUCUACGGUUUCGGCGGUUAAUCAAAGAUUGUGAUUUUUAGGAGAUGGGAUUAGUGUUACGGGUUAUCUGGGAGUGUAUUGUUUCUGUUAUCCAAUUUGAUUAGUGAAAAGUAAAAACAAAGAGUUAGCUUUUGUGCUAGGUCUUGUAGCCAAUGUGAUCGAUUGUUAAAUGAAAGAAUCUUUGAACUAA